UAGUAAGUACUACAUGCAAACUUAUCACUUAGUUUCUCUAUACGACUAUUUUUCCUCUUGCGAAAUCCGCAAGCUUCUUAACAGCGAAGAUAAAUUUCCAAAAUUGGCUUUUAUUAAAGGCUAAUUUAGAGAAUGAAAUUACUUAUGAUGGUAAAUUGAGCAGACGGCUGCUGAAUAAGCAAAGUAACGAAGUAGUCAUUUUCCGCACACUUAAAUAGGUCGGCCAUUUUGUCUAUACACUUAACGGUUACGCUCUUAUUUUUAAUUUUUAGACGAAGAAAUGGGUUUGAAAAUUUUGCUUGUUAAUGGAUCUCACCCUUUUGGCCAUAGCCAGGGCAAAUUAAACGAGACACUUCAAAGUGUUGCCAAAGAGGCCUUGACAGGUUUAGGCCAUUCCAUUCAAGAGACUACCGUCACAAAAGGCUAUAAUGUUGAAGAGGAGGUUGAAAAGUUUGUUUCGUCUGAUGUUGUCAUCUAUCAAUUCCCUGGAUGGUGGAUGGGUGUUCCUUGGCCAUUAAAGAAAUACAUCGACGAAGUCUUUACUAUUGGAUAUGGAAAGCUCUAUGCAAGCGACGGCCGUUCUCGUGUAAAUCCAACCAAGAACUAUGGUAAAGGUGGUCUUCUCCAUGGCAAACACUACAUGUUUUCCACAACUUGGAAUGCUCCUUUUGAGGCAUUCAACGAAUUCGGGAACUUCUUUGAUGGCCGCGGUGCCGAUAAUGUUUUGUACCCUGUUCAUAAGGCUCACGAAUUUUUAGCAAUGACCGGGUUACCUUCCUUCAUGGUGAACGAUGUCAUCAAAAACCCUCAGGUAGAGUCUUAUCUUUCCUCUUAUAAGCUCCAUCUACAAAAGGUUUUUGCUUCGAAUUAGAGGGACUUUGUCUCACUUUUGUAUUAUACCCGAUAAUUUUUGGAGUGAUAGGGUGUCGUUCUUUUGUAUGCUUUUUCCUUUCACAAUAAUUACGUUCGCUACUUGCUAUGUGUCGGCAUUGGAUCAUGGAUAUCGAUACCAUUUUAAACAAAGGCCAAAAUGAAUCAUGGAACAAUGUAGCUUCAUAGGCGAUAAGAAAAAAUAAAAGGAUAAAAAAAUGUUUUGACUACACCUGUGUGUGUUUAUUGUUUUUUCCUUUCGUUGCAUAUAGGUACUCUUGGCUAAAUGGGUAAUCAAUGUAGCCUAAAGGA